AUGAAAUAAAAUUCAAUUAAGUAAUAUGAUUAAUUUUUGUCUAUUGCUUUUAAUAAAGAUUACUCAAUCGUGAUAGCAGGAUAAGAUAAAGAUAUUAGAGGAUUCAAGCAUAUUUAAGGGAAACUUAAUUAAAUAUAAUUGUUAAGUGAACAUACAGGAAAUGUAUUUACUUUAAAUUUAAUGAAAAACCCAAAUAAUUAUGUAUCUGGAAGCGACGAUAAUUCAAGUAUAAUCUGGUAUAGAUAGGUAAUAAUUGUUGGAAAGUUUAAUAAACAGUGA